GCAAGAAUUUAUUUGCAAGGUGAUCUCGCCUGAUCUCUGCCGUAGUGGUCGAAUGUCCGUUUACCCAACCUUUGACCAACCGGCCACAAGGCUGCACAUUGCUUUAUCCACGAACAACAACCCGGUACCAGGUAUAUGCGAAACUCACACUUACAAUCAUGCGGUCCAAGUCAUAUUCCCUUCACAAUCGUCCACCAUUACUGAGCAAUUGCGAAAAGACGACGCAUCAUACUUCUACUACAAAGCCAGUGUUCCCUUGUCGUUCUUCAUUCAACCCGACUUUGUUAAUAACUACAUUCGAAAAGGAGGUUUCACGGCCCUCAGAAGCAAUGCGAAAGCUGAUAUAGAUGACACUUUUGCGUUGUUACCUUCUGGGAGAUUGGUGAUGAGUGUAAAAAAGGACACUUAUGAAACACUUGGGCUGGUUGGACGGCCGAGCAAAUUCGGUGAUAAAGGCAAUCGAUAUUUCAUACACAUUGAUCUUGCCCAGCCAGCGUUCAAGCCAAAGGGAAAGCUUUACGAGCGGGUCAAGUGGUGCUUCACACAUACCCUCACAGAUACUUACGAUUUUUUAAUGUCCUUUACCGAUACUGAGACUCGGUUGUCAUCUGAGAUCAGUUUCCCACCGAAUGUGAAAGCAACUCGAGUAUGCAUCGACGGAGUCUGCCAAACUCACGAAAACAUUAUGGUACCACAAAUUGGGGACAUUGCAUUUGAGGAUCUUCUCAAUGACCAGAAUGACCGGAAAGGCGAAAUAUGGCGAGAUCACGCUCUGAACCUAUUUGAAUGGCUUGGGCUCCUUGCAUGUGGAGCAGCUAGAAUAAAGGCUGGUGACAAUGUGGACCCAUUUUUCUCCGUCUAUUCGGCUCCCGAGCCAUCCAAACCGGGUACUACUGUAUCCGUACGAUGGACAGGAUACCUCACUACUCAUCAAAUCGUGCGAAUAAAGGAUAGUGUGAAAGACUGCAUGAAAAAGGAGGGUUUGCCGUGGGCUGCAAUACUGGUGUGGGGAUUUCGGGAUGCACCAGUAUCAUGGCGGGAAGAAGAUCAUGGUUACUUUCUUGGAGGUGAGAACGAUUACGUGUUGGUGUUUCGAGGAGAGCAGCAGUGCAUAUCCUAUCAAGCAGUGGGGACGUACGAUGGAUUUUGUAUAUAGCAAUAUUUAUGAAUUACUGCCGUCUGCGUUUUCUCAACCGCUUCUCGUACG